AUGGAGGUGGGGGUGCUGGAACGGCACCUCGUCAAGCUGCUGUCGAAGAAGGGCCGCUUGACCGCGUCCAAGGCCUGCGUAAAAGUGCGUAAGAAGCUGGCCAGGAAGGACGUGGCUGUUGCUGAUGCCGCCGUCAUGGCCGCGCUCGAACAGCUGCUGCGUCAGAAGGGCGGCCGAGUUGCCCUGGAGAACAACCACCUGGUGCUGACACAGCAGCAGCAACAGCAGCAAGUCACCUCUGGCGCCGCACCGUCCGCUGCAAAACGCGGCACGGACACGGCGCACGGGAGCAAACGGCAGCAGGAGGCGGCCGGGCAGGAGGGGCAGCCGGUUACAAAGAAGCGCCGCAAAAAAGACCAGCUGCAGCCGAAGAUUGAAGAGGAGGAGAAACAUGGCGGUGAGGCACAAGAGCAGCAGCAAACAGAUAAGCAAAAGCGCAAGACAAAGAGGAAGCAUCAGCAGCAGCAGGAGCAGGGGCAGCAGCAGGAGGCAGAGCCACAACCCGAGCAGCAGGUACACAAGAAACGGAGAAAACAGCAGAAGCAGCAACAGCAGCAGCAGAAGCAGCAGCAGCAGCAGCAGAAUGGGGAGGAGAUCUCGGGCAGCGCUCUGGCGGAACGACAAGCCAGUGGCGCCGCAGCGGGGCCAUCGUCAGGCCGCGGCUCCCCUGCACCCGGGUGA